CAAUUUCAUUGGUUUAAUCGUCGGACUGGCAUCUUCAUUCGGGUUUCUGCUUGUGGCAAACUUUCAGGUAAACAGUCUUUACCAGCAAUAAGUGAAGCGAGUGCACCGGCCUGUAGUUGUCUGAAUUGUGCUGGUUUUGCUGAGCGUGUAUUUGUAGUGCUGUCUGUACCGUAAUGAAAUGAAAUGAAUCUGGAUAAAGGACACCUCUGAAUAUAUGGCUUCAAUGUCCCCAAGGUUUUCCCUUAUUCAGAGGAUUUGCACUGUACAGUAAUUUGUUUAGAAUAGGCCAGUAAAAGAAGUGCCCCUUAUUGGCGAGCGAAUCGAGCCCACCUAGUCGUCUAAAGGCAAGCGGUUUCACUAAGUUUUCACCUAUCCUGCCACUGCACAUACCGUAAUGUUGUACAUGAUUUUGACACACGAAAAGUUGAACUUCGUUCAAAAAUACAAAAUUGAACUGCUCGCAUUCGCCCACCAAACUUCCAAAUAUGUGGGGGAAAUUGAACUGCUCCCGUUAGCUCGCCAAAAAUGCCAUUCUGGUUUUAUCACACAACAGGAUGACUAUGUGCCGGCGGUUCAUCUCCUCGGAGCGUUUGUAGUGUUCUCAGCCGGACUGGUCUACCAGUGGGUCCACACUUACAUCACGUACCGAGUUUACCGCUCCGGAGUGGCCAGGCAUGUCGGGGUCGGCUGGGUCGUUGCCCAGGCGAUUAUCAGUCUUCUAUCACUCGUCUUCUUUGUUGGAGCUACUCUGUUUGCGGGUCUGGCUGGUCGUAGUCGUCGUCGUCAUAUCGGCCACGGAACAUUUCAUUGGUCGACUCGUGAUGGGGGUUUCGCAUAUCACGUCCUCAGCUCAGCGUGUGAAUGGGCAAUGAGUACGACAUUUCUGGUAUACUUCCUCACCUUUCACCCCGAUUUCAAACAAAUGAAGAUCGACAUUGUCGUUCGUCGCAGAUCAUCGGGAAGUCACCACGGCUACGACAGUAUCGUCAAUAGCGAAAACACGCCUCUUACUCAUUGACUAUGUUUCAAGUGUAUGUGUGCAUUUUGAUGCUGGAUUUUUCACUGUAUAUAUAUACAAGUGGAAAAAUCAUUUCUUCAAAAUGAAA